AUGGCUCCUUCUGAUAAGGAAGACUUGAAUGAAAGUAAGACCAGGCUGUCUUCCGGAGAGGAAGGGAAGCGUGGCGAUGAUGAUGUUGAUUUGAAUAUAUAUGAGAUUGAUAAAAUGCUUUCUGAGUCAAUCAACGACAACCACGGAAAUAGAGAAGAACAAGAGAAUAUUCAACAAAAACGUCAAGUAGAAUCAGAAGCAGAGGAUACUUUGAAGCGCCAUAAGAGGGCGGAGAGCGAAAAUGAAAGCGAAGAUACAGCAAUUCAUGAAAGUUCUAAAGUUAAUAACAAAGUAGGCCCUAUCGAUGGGAAGCAAGACGAAAACGAUGUAAGUACUAGCUCACCUAAUAGGCUUCGAAAUCUAGAGCUAGAGUUCGAAAGAGCCAUUGAAGGACAACAGGAAGAAAUAGGCACAGAACAUCAAAAACAGAAUGAUGAAAGAACCAUCUUGGAAGACAAAAGUUCUGGAAAUUCGGAUGAGAAAGUCGAGAAGUCACCCCAAACUGUUUAUCACGGUGGUGUAGCGGUACCAGCAAACUCAGAGCUAUUGAAUACAAAUACUGCGUUUGAAGCUUACAGUGCAUUAUCCAGUCAGUUUCCGCCUUUAGCCGUCCUUGCGAAUGCGCAUUUAGCUGCAUUACCUUUACCUAUAGUAGCUCCAGAUUAUCUUCCUCCAAGGAUACAAUUACUCAUCAACACCUUACCGACACUUGACAAUUUGGCUACGCAGUUGUUGAGAAUUGUUGCGGUGGGACCCUACCAGAAGAUCGUAGAGUUAGCAUCCAAUCCAGAUAGUCCUUCUGGCGCAGCCUACAGGGAUUUAACUUCCUUGUUCGAGUUCACAAAAAAAUUGUAUUCUGAAGAAGAUCCAUUCUUGUCUGUGGAGCACAUAGCACCUGGAAUGUGGAAGGGGGGCGAAAAGACUCCUAGCAUAUUAAGGAAUAGAGAACAAAGUAUCGAAUCAACUUUGAGAAAGGUCAAUUUAGCCACCUUCUUGGCUGCAGCGCUCGGAACAAUAGAAGUUGGCUUUUUUCAUUUAAAUGAAUCGUUUCUUGAUGUUUUUUGUCCGAUCAAUAACUUGGACCCUGAUAAUGCUUUAUCUAAUAUGAAUUCAAAUAACAUGAGCUUGCAAAGCGGAGUAAACACAGCCAUCGGUGAUAGAGUUGGAAAGUUAUUAAAGCCCCAAGCAGAAUUAUACUUGGAGUUGAAAACACAGGCAUAUAUCUCAGCAAUAGAAGCAGGCGAUAGGUCAAAAGAAGAAAUAAUGGAGGAUAUUAUACCAAGUAAUUUAGACGAGAUUCUUUUAGCAAGACGAGGUUCUAAUUUACUUUCACCCACUGAACAAGAUUUCAUUGAGCGUUGUUUAUCAAGAAAGGAAACUCUUUUGAGUUAUUCUGAUGACAAAAACCUCACCGAAGAAUAUGAAUGGUUCUCAUUCUUGAAAGAUUUAUUUGAUUAUAUAUCGAAAAAUAUGGGUUUCGUGAUAUGGGGCAAAAGAGGUAGGAACGUUAGGGAGAGAACCAAAGGUAAUACUAAAGAUUCUAGUGUUCUUGAUAAUGAAGAGAUCAUACGAUCAGCGUCGUCAAUACCGGCUCCCGAACAAAGUGUACUUCGGUUGAGCCCGACUGCUGACUUGAGAUCCCAAGAAAUUAGUGAGAUCACCAGCUCGCUAUUACCAUCAGAAAUCCAGGAACAGCAAUUGCAUCUUAGAAUUAAUCCUGGAUCUAAUCUUAGGAACUUACAAAGAAGACCAUGGACAAGAGACGAAGAAAAAGCCUUGCGUCACGCUUUGGAGUUAAAGGGACCAAUGUGGUCUACUAUAUUAGAACUUUUUGGAAAUGGAGGUAAAAUUUCUGAAGCUCUUAAAAAUAGAACACAAGUACAACUCAAAGAUAAAGCAAGAAACUGGAAAAUGUUCUUUUUAAAGAGUGGCUUGCCAGUUCCUAAUUAUCUUCAAAAGGUAACGGGAGAUCUCGAACGUGAUGAUAGGCUGAAAGCAAAUAAACGAGCCAAUAGGAGCAAAAAAGCUGCUUUAUCAGCAAGUUCGUCUCCAUCGGCAGCCCAAGUUGAAGGCUCAGGAGAAAAUCCUAUGAAGAAGUGA